AUGGCUAGUGCUGACGAUCAACAGACCAAUUUCAAGCAUUUUUGUCGAAUAUGUAAGAAGGGUUUCAUGUGUGGAAGAGCAUUAGGUGGGCAUAUGAGAGCUCAUGGAAUCGGGGAUGAUACUGGCAAUCUUGAUGAUGAAGAUCCGGUGAGCGAUUGGGAAGAUAAGCAAGGGAACAAGAGAAUGUAUGCAUUAAGAACAAACCCUAAUCGGUUAAAGAGUUGUAGGGUUUGUGAGAAUUGUGGGAAAGAAUUCUUGUCGUGGAAAUCGUUUCUUGAGCAUCGGAAAUGCAGUUCCGAUGACGGUGAAUCUCUCGUAUCCUCGCCGGAGUCGGAAGCCGAUGAUGAUGAUGGGUAUGAUGAUGAUCAUCAUGGUGACCGGAGAGAUUGUGGUGGUGGUGCAAGCGGGUGGUCGAAAAGAAAGAGAUCUUUAAGGGCAAAAGUUGGUAGCUUUAAUUCAAUAUGUCCAUCAAGUGAAGAUGAAGACCUAGCCCUAGCCAAAUGCCUUAUGGAGUUAUCAAAUGCUAGGGUUGAUCCGGUGGAAUUAACCGACGUCGAAGACUCCUGCGCCUCCCCUAGUAGGGAGGAGCAACGGCGGAACCCUAUGUUUACUAAACCGGCGUUUCUGACGUCACCUUUUACACGACCACCACCACCUCUAGAUCAUAAAGCUAAAGGCAUCGCCACCACCCCAAAAGGCAUGUUUGAAUGUAAAGCUUGUAAAAAAGUAUUCAAUUCACAUCAAGCAUUGGGUGGUCAUCGAGCAAGUCACAAGAAGGUUAAAGGUUGUUUUGCAGCAAGAAACGAUCAGUUUGCUGAUGAUAGCAUCGGCGAUGACGAUGUCAUCACACACGACGAAUUCUUCCCGUCUCCGAAACCAAUGAGGAAAUCCAGAGUGCAUAAAUGCUCGAUUUGCAAUCGGAUUUUUGCUUCCGGCCAAGCUCUCGGCGGACAUAAGAGGUGUCAUUGGCUUACAUCAAACAUGUCUGAUACUUCUUCUCUAGCGAAGUUUAACUUCCAUGAACAUAUUGAACAACUCCAUCGAAGAGCAUUGGCAUUACCUUCACAAAUACUCAAUAAAUCGAAAGCACUGGAUCUCAACCUCCCGGCUCCCGCGGACGAUAUCGCCGGAUUAAGGAGGGAUCCUCGGUAUCCGUUGAGCUUCGAGGUUUCAACGGAGAUCAAUCUACAUUCAUGGAAUGUAGAUCAUGAGAAUGAUGAUCGCAAGAACACAAGCAACCAUGAAAAAGAAGCAGCGGCAGGAGGAGGAGGAGGAGGGGCAACAAUGGAGGAUGAUGAAGCUGACAGUAAGGUGAAGUUGGCAAAACUGAGUGAGUUAAAAGACAUGAAAAACAUCAGCGGAAGUUCGUCUUCAUGGUUGCAGGUUGGGAUUGGGACUUCAACAACUGAUGUGGGUCCGAGUGGUCCAUCUCAUGACACAUAA